UGAGUUUAUAUAUAUGAAUGGAUAUACGAUUGAAUAAAUAAAAUUACAAAAAUCCUUUCUUAUCAAGUUGUAAACAAUUUUCUUUGUUUUGAAAUAUAUUUUUUUAAACACUUGCUUCACGAUGCAUUGAGCAAAAAACUAUUCGAUUCGAGCUUUUAGAGAGUUGAACUUGAACAGUUAAGGAUUAUACACAGUUAUAUUAUGUAUACAGUUAGCCACAUGAACAAGUUGAAAUAUUUGUGUUUUGGCUAUUUCAUACUGGAUGGAUGGAUAUUCAAUCAAAUCAACAGCAUCAAUCAUCGGUGGCUGCAAGAAAUCCUUGUUCAUUAAGCGAUGCUCUACACCAGGUUGAUCGAAAUUUGGUUUAUGAUCCAUCAACAAAAAAAUUAUGUCUCAAAAAUUGUAAUGAAAGGCUAUCAAAUUGUACGACCAAAUCGAAUAAUUGUACUUUGUUGCCUGAUGAUCUCAAAGAUGAUAAAUGUGCCAAUUAUAUGACCGAAGAUGAUUCGGAAGAUUAUCAGAAUGAAAUCGAUUCUAUUGUUAAUAUCGCUAAACAUCUUAAUCUAUAUGAUAUAGACAUAUAUGAUAAAUAUGAACGUUAUAUCACCAUUGGAACCAAUGUUUGUAUCAAAAGACCUCAAAAUCUUCCACCAAAAAGUAAAGAAGAAGAACGAAAACACCGAGAACAAUUCCUAGAGAUAUUACUACAAGCUCAAACAAAAGAUUUACAGCGAAAAAAAUUACGAAAAGACAUUGUAAAACGAAAGGCUCAACAAGAGAAUGAAAUCCAGAAAGCUAUAAAAAUUUGGACCGAAGAAAUAUUACCUUGUUGGCGUCAAUCAUGCAUAACUAAACGUGUGCAAAAUCUAUGGUGGAAUGGAAUUCCUUCAUCGAUUCGACCAAAAGUUUGGAAUUUGGUUAUUGGUAACGAUUUGCACAUAACUGAGCAAUUAUUUCAUAUUUGUCUGAGUCGUUCAAGUGAAAAGAUUUGGGUACGUCGAUUUAUUUCAAGAAAAUGUUCCAAUCCUUUAUCACCUGUGAGCUCAUGUGAUCCCAAAACACAUCGACGAUCGGCAUCACAUUCAUCUGAAGUUUCUUCCAGUCAAUCGUCAUCUGAUCAAAGUAUUAUCACUGAUAAAGCCAAAGAUAGCGACGAUGAUGAUGGUGAAAAUAUUGCCUUUUUAAUCAAAUUGGACGUGUUACGAACUUUUCCGCAACUUGGUCUUUUUCAGGAAACGGGUCCAUAUCAUAAAUCUUUAUGUGACGUUUUAUCUGCUUAUGUGGUUUAUCGACCUGAUAUUGGAUACUGCCAAGGAAUGUCUUUUUUAGCCGCAAUGUUAUUAUUGAAUUCACAAUCCUCAUUCUCAGCCUUUACUUCUUUAGCGAAUCUUCUUAACAAUGAACUUUUAAUGACAUUUUAUAGUCUCAAUCAAAAAAAGAUGCGCAGCAUCUACUUAUAUUACGAUCGACAAUUCCAUUCACUAUUGCCGGAUUUAGCAAGUCAUUUCGUCAACAUUGGAUUGACGACAGACUUGUUUUUUAUGUAUCAGGUUUAUACACUAUUUGCCCGGUCAUUGUCGUUGGAUUGUGCGAGCCGUGUUUGGGACAUAUUCUUGCGAGAUGGCAAUGAAUUCAUAUUUCGAGCUUCUUUAGGAUUAUUGUCCAUGUUCAAAAAUGAACUUAUAAAACUAGAAUUCAUUGAUUCUGCACGAUUCCUUUACAAUUUACCCGACGACAUGGAUACGGAAAAAUAUUUCGACAUUAUUGCCUCAAUUAAAUUGGUGCCACCAAAAUUGUCCACAUUAUUUUCUUCUGAUGUCAUUAAUGAGACAAUCAUUGUAAAUAAUGAAUCGAAUGGUACUAAAUCUCGUUACUCAUCAUUUGUAAACAAAUUUUGGCGAUUUUAAAUAAUUGGUUUCCAU